UAUGAGCACGGCCGACUACUUUGGUAUUUUGAGGUUCACUCGAAUGGUUUGAAUGCGAGGGCCUGACGGCCCCCUUCCUGAUCAUCACCCCGUCACUAUGUCAAGGACGAUGGUCGUCGUUCACACUCCGUAGCCAUCUUGGCUCAAUAUUGUUUCAAGCCGCUUGGGCCAUGGUCCUAUCAGAGUGCAGACGUCGACGCGCACCGCUUGUCAGGCUGCUGCUCCUGGGCUCCACCCUCGCCGCGUCGCUAUUGUGGGCGGCACCACCGAAGGGCUACGAGGAUGCCGCGCUGGCGCUGGUGAAGGAACCAGACACGGGCGUGGUCUUUGGUGACGAGCUAAACGAGCAGGCCCUGGUGGCGACGGGCACCCGGAAGAAGUUCGGCUCGCUCAGCGUCUACGCGGUCGGCCUAUACCUUGACAAGAAAUGCAAGAUGUGGGGCAGCGCCGCCAGCGCUCCCGAGCUGCUGAAACAGGCGCCUGGUAAGGCCACCCUGCGGCUGGUCAGAUCACCUCCCGCCUCGUCACGAACGCCAGGAUGAAGGAGGCGCUCCGCGAGGGGCUGGAGCCGCGGCUCAAGGAGGGCUGCGGGGAUGCACGAGCUGGGCAGCCAGGAGGCCGUGCCCGCUCUGGCCUUCGCCCGGCAUUUGGAUGGGUUCUUCACACAGUGACUCCCGCGUUGUCCCCCCGCAUCCUGUGCGUGGUUCUUACUUAUCUUCCCAGAGCGUCCUCCUCCUCCUCCUCCCUCUCCUCCUUUCCUCCCCAUUGUCUUCCUGGUUCGAGCUCGCGGGCCUGCUUCGUGUUGCUCUCCUCCUCCUCCUCCUCCUC